AAGGACAUAAGCCACCUACAUUUCGCUCGUUCAUUCUACCUUCCAAACACUAGCCUUGUCAGAUACUCACCAAGCCUCGUGAAAGACAUCUCGGCACGCGCGUGCGCUGAAUCGCACAAACCACCCAUGGCUGCCAUCGAGGCUCUCCGGCGAAAGUCCGCACUCAAACAAGGGCCUGCCACGGGGCCUGCCGUAGGAGACACGACGGUCGCUGCACCCAAACCAACGCUCACAACACACAAUGCUAAAUCAAUUCGUGCAGUCCGCGUAGCAGUCAGGAACAUGGAACAGUUUGUGAGUAACAAGACAGACGGCUCGAUGAGUUCCGGGUGGCUUGGGGACAUCGAAUCACUCCGCAACCACCUCAGUAACCCACUUCCGACGCGGACGGUCGUUGUCGUGGGUCAUGCAGGGCAUGGAAAGACUACAUUGCUCAAUAGCCUUCUCCAUUGUCCGAUAUUAACGACGGGUGCCACGAGGCGUGCUUGCACUUCGGCUGUAGUUGAGCUUCACUAUGACGACAUUCCGAACUAUCGAGCCAAGGUAGACUUCUUGUCGAGGAGUGCUUGGACGUUGUUGCUGUCACCGCUUGUAGAGGAUGUCCUUAACACAUGUCAGAGGCUUCCUUCCUCAACUGAUGCGGCGACUACGUCGGCGAUGGAUGACUCUGCGGCAGUGUUGGUCCAGCUGUUUCCUCACUUGAGUGGCCUCGAAGUAUACGGAAAUGUGUCGCUUGAAAUCCUGGCAAACCACUCAUCCGUAGAACAACUGAUCGGGUUUAGCCGUGAGUUUAGUGUGGACUCGCCCCAAGACAUGGAGGAAAAGUUGAGAGGUUUCUUGUCAUCUCGGCAAGGCGUGCAUCAGCAACGGAUGUGGUAUUUUGUAGACAGCGCCAAGAUUUUUGGGAGGUUCGGCAUGCUCGCCACAGGGACGGUCUUGAUUGACCUUCCUGGAUACGGUGACUCGAAUCUUAUACGAUCGCAAAAAGCGGCUGACUACAUGGAACGAGCCGAUACUAUCAUUUUAGUUUCGGACAUCCGAAGAGUGGCAGACGAUGCAAACACGCAUCAGUACCUGAAGAAAUCUAUCAAACGCUUUGUCGGCUUCGACGGACGAACGGUCGCCGAUGACGCCCUGAUGAUGGUUGUGACUGGCUCGGAUAACCAAAUUGCUGAUUCGGAGUAUGAGUUUCAAAACGACGAAGAAUGCAAAGUUGUCGCAGAUUUUAACUCGAGAAUCAGCCAUAUCGGCGGAGUCAUCCAAGAGGGCAACGGAUUCUGCCUGCAGUUUGCAAAUGACCCGGACUCGAAGGAUGUCCUUGAGGAGGCUCGAAAAGAAAUUGCACAGCAUGUAAAAGAUCAGUCGGAUCUCGUGCGCGACAAGCUAUGCUAUUUGGCACUGCAACGGGUAGAACAAAUCAAGAAGCAGGUCCAGGACUUGUACGAAAACACCUGGUGCGAAAUCAACAAGGGCAAUCCCAUACCCUCGAAUCCUAUAUCGGUUCAUGUCGUCGGGUCAGUUGAUUACCGUCGCUUACGGAGCAGAGACCCGAUGCAGGCUGGCCCAAUGGUGUUCAAAGACAUAAACCAUACGGGCAUCCCUGGCUUGCAGCAACACAUAUCUAAUGUCGCGCUGCGCGAUCGGUCUUCGAAGCUAGUGUUGACUCUCACUUCGUUCGAUUCGUUGGCCUCGGAGUUGUGUCAACAUUAUCAGGCCCAUCAAACCUCCAAGUUUGACUCAUACGUUGCUAAAGCAAAGGACGAGCUUGAAAGUCUUCAAUACCAGAACAGCAAAACGCGAGAAAAGAAUGUUUCCUUAAUUAAUGACACGAUAGAGGUGAUGGUUUCUACGAUAAGCGACGUUGCCGACAAGUCUGCCGGUGAAAGCCACGUACUCAUGCGUAAGUUUGGCGUCGAAACGCACGCCAACACGUAUAGAGCCGUCAUGCGGCGACACGGAGAGCUGCGAGACAUUGACUUAAACGACCUACUAGCAUCCGACUUGACCGCGCAGGAGGUGCUUACCCAAUGGAACAUGUCGCUCAAUCGGACGCUGCCCAGUCAGAUGGCUAAGUUAUCUAAAGAUCUCAGGAAAGAAAUUGAAGACGCGUUGGAGAAAAUGGUCACGCAAGCCGAAGAAAUAUUGACACUACCUGAAGCGUCGACCGAACCUCCGUCUGCCAAGCGUCGGAAGAUCGAUAUUGCAAACAAUAGUCAGAUACGCAACGCUCGCCGUUCGGUCAAGUAUGAAGCUGAGCUGGACCAUGCUUACCGGAAGGCAGAGGCGUCCGUGAGGCGCGUGCAGAGGAGCUAUGGUGGCACGUUCAAGCAUCUCGUGCAAAAGGAGCUGGACCCCCAUUACGAUACCAUGGGGCUGGAGAAGGGGAAAGGUAUGGUAACUCGGAUAAAGGCCUAUAUCGAGGAGCAUCUUGAGACAAACAGCGGAGAGAUGUUUAGUGCGGUAGUCGAGCGCGUCCGAGAGCCCCUCUCGGGCGUGCAGGGCGCCGUCGACUCUGCAUACAUCGAGGCUCUGGAGAAGAUCUACCGUGUCAUACGAAACACUAUGCUUGUCGAACAUCGGUCGAUCGAGGAUGCUGAAAGGAGGCUUAUCGAAACCUUCCUCGCGUCCCUCAAUAAGUAUCGGGAGUAUGCAUCCAGAUUUGCGGAUCGACUACAGGCAGAUGCGGAGGAGGCAGGACGAGCCAUAGCCGCUUCCUCAGCUCAUGGUCUGGCUCAGUGACAAACGAUGGCUAGGGUGCCUCAUUGCGACGAGACCCGGUGAACUCACCUAUCUUGCGACAUUGCGGGAGACGCAGCAGUGAUCCUGUUGGACUGACAAUGAACGCUCCGCAUGCACCACUGUCUCUGGUAAUCUCCUGACAUAAUUACAAUAUACGCGAAAGUAUAAUGAUUUCUAGCUUACGAUCGCCGUCCACGGUUUUUGUCAUUUACAGUGUUUUAAUCUUGGUUUCUGUGUAUAUACCCUGUCUUUUUAGGCAUGUUGUUGUAACGGGGUUUCAUUAUAUUUUACGACUUUAUCUUACAAAUACUUAGCUAAAGAGGCUGGAAGCUCGCUGAAGAGACGAAGCCUUCAUUCACGACUGUGUCGA